AUGUCCGUUGCGACGAUGCUCCAACCUGCAUCUAGACAGUCGCGGGCAUCCUCCUCCUCCUCCUCCUCCUUCCAGCCCGUGGCACGACAAAACACAAUGUCGUCGCACGAUACUCGGUCGCUCCGUCAAUCCAAGCGGAUGUCGGUCACAGCCCUAUACCUUUCCAUGUCCGCUAAGGAUCGAGACUUGGAGAUUUCAGAUGACUUAGCACGAGCACAAAAGCACCUGCGGGAUUUGAAAUCGAGAAUUUCAUCACAAUCGAAAAAGAACUUCGUAUUGGAAAAGGAUGUUCGAUAUCUGGACUCGCGAAUCGCGUUGCUCAUCCAGAAUCGAAUGGCAUUGGAAGAACAAAAUGAAGUCGCCAGCCAUCUCGACGAUACUGCAGACCCACAGGAAGGGUUCUUCCCCAAUGAUGAACGAACCCAGAAAUACGGCAAUCUUCUUUUCCUCCUGCAAUCAGAACCCCGUCACAUCGCUCACCUCUGCCGACUCGUUUCCAUGGCCGAAAUCGAUUCCCUCCUCCAGACCGUCAUGUUCACCAUUUACGGAAACCAGUACGAGAGUCGCGAAGAGCAUCUCCUGCUUACUAUGUUCCAGUCCGUCCUCACAUAUCAGUUCGAUAACACACCAGAAUACUCGUCAUUAUUGCGCCAAAAUACCCCGGUUUCUCGCAUGAUGACCACAUACACACGCCGUGGUCCCGGCCAGAGUUAUUUGAAGCAGGUGCUGGCCGACCAGAUCAACGCUCUGAUUGAGUUGCGGGAUGUGGAUCUGGAGAUCAACCCCUUGAAGGUUUAUGAGAACAUGAUUAAGCAGAUCGAAGAAGAGACCGGCUCUCUUCCAGAUUACUUGGCCCGAUCGGUGACUGCUGAAGACGCUGCCGAUAAUGCGCAGGUGCAGGCCAUCAUUACCCCACGAUUGAAGAUGUUAACGGAGAUCGCAAACGGAUUCAUCACAACCAUUAUUGAGUCGGUAGACGAGGCUCCGUACGGUAUUAGAUGGAUCUGUAAGCAGAUCCGCAGUUUGUCGCGCAGAAAGUAUCCCGAUGCCCAGGACCAAACCAUAUGUACUCUGAUUGGUGGUUUCUUCUUCCUGCGCUUCAUCAACCCGGCAAUCGUGACUCCUCGCUCCUAUAUGCUGAUCGAUGCCACGCCCACGGACAAGCCUCGCCGUACCCUGACGUUGAUCGCCAAGAUGAUUCAGAACCUGGCCAACAAACCUUCCUACGCCAAAGAACCUUACAUGGCCAGCCUACAGCCCUUCAUUCAGCAGAACAAAGAACGUGUCAACAAGUUCUUGCUUGAUCUGUGUGAAGUCCAGGAUUUCUAUGAGAGUCUUGAAAUGGACAACUAUGUGGCCUUGUCAAAACGGGACCUGGAGCUCCAGAUCACUCUCAACGAAAUGUACGUCAUGCACGGUCUUCUAGAGAAACACAGCGGAGCGCUUGCCCAAGAUCAAUACUCGCACCUGUCUGUACUGCUCCAAGAAUUGGGUGGUGCUCCCCCUCAGGUUCCCCGCAAGGAGAAUCGAACCAUCACCGUGCCUUUGUUCAGCAAAUGGGAGACUGCUCUCGAUGAUUUGACAGCCGCGCUCGAUAUCACCCAGGAAGAAGUGUUCUUUAUGGAGGCCAAGUCAACCUUUGUCCAGAUCCUGCGAUCCCUACCUCAGAACACCUCAGUUGCGCGUCGACCUUUACGCCUCGACCGCAUUGCCGAGGCUGCAGCAACCUUGAAAAAUGAUGCCGUGAUGGUGCGCAAGGGCAUCCGAACCAUGGAACUCCUCAGCCAACUGCAAGAUAUGGGUGUGAUUGACCGCUCCGACGAGUUCAGUUUGCUUCGUGACGAAGUGGAGCAAGAGCUUGUGCACCUGGGCUCCCUGAAGGAGAAGGUGCUGGAAGAGACGCGGAAGCUCGAGGAAGUUUUCGCGACUAUUCGCGACCACAAUGCUUACCUGGUCGGUCAGCUGGAGACAUACAAGUCUUACCUCCACAACGUGCGUAGUCAGUCCGAGGGCAAAACCCGAGUUGGCAAGACGCCAAAGAACCAAGAACUUGGCCCGUACAAGUUCACACAUCAACAGCUGGAGAAGGAAGGUGUCAUCCGACGCAGCAAUGUUCCAGAAAACCGACGGGCAAAUAUCUACUUUAUGUUCAAGAGUCCUUUGCCAGGGACCUUCGUCAUCAGUCUACACUACAAGGGACGAGCCCGUGGAUUACUGGAGCUCGAUCUCAAGCUGGACGAUCUCCUAGAGAUGCAAAAGGACAAUCUUGAGGACCUCGACCUGGAAUAUGUCCAGUUCAACGUUAGCAAGGUGCUUACACUCUUGAACAAACGAUUUGCACGAAAGAAGGGGUGGUAA